UCCAGAGCAUUGUUUGUCUGUGCGUAUUUAUAAUACAAUACUUCCUAUUUUGGAGUGAUAGCUUAACAUUAAAGCCCUGUUUAUAUUUACAGUAUCAUACCACACAAGACACACGUGCCAGAAGUUAUAACCAACCCUAUUAUAUAUCUUUCGGUGAUUGAUUCGAUAAGUCUUGCUGGAACCUUGACAUGCGUCGAGGAAAAGCAUCUGUCCACGCGAGUACCGUUGCCAUCAGUUGUCUGCUGCAGUUACCAAUUGAAAUUAGUUUGAUUUGUGUGUUAAUAUUAUAAUUGUACUGCACGGUCUUCAUAAUGUUACGGUUAUUAUCUCAUCCGUGUGUUAGGGCACGCUUUUGCAUCGCGGAUCUCUGUGUUCAGCAUUACUGUGUUAAGUACAGUGUUACAGUCCCGUGGCUGUCAGUGCUGACAUCAAAUACAUUGGGUUUGAGCUCUACUAGUCCAGUCAGACACAUACACCAACAACAUAGACAGUUUGCGGCGUCAGUACUGCACACUCCCCGUCGAAAGCCCCGGCAGAGGGCCGAUGUGAUUGAAUCCACCAGGAACAUCCCUCAGACUGAGCGAAACGCUGAGAACUCUAAACCCGAUCAUGCAUUUGGCGAGUACUCGCCCGAGUACACCAACAGAACGACAUUCAAAAAGUCCUCACCCCAGUACAUGGAUCUACGGUACAGUGAAGGAGAGGACGAAAAACUACGGCCUAAAUUUAGAUCUAGGACAGGACAGAAAAACACGCCAUACUGGUACUUUCUUCAGUGCAAGAAACUCAUCAAGCAGGACAAGCUGCCUGAAGCGUUGGACAUGUUCGAGACAGAGAUGCUACAAGGAGAGAGACUUCAACCUGAGGAGUAUAACUACACGGUGCUGAUGGGAGGCUGUGGUCGGGUUGGCUACAUCAAGAAGGCCUUCAAGCUCUAUCAAGAUAUGAAGAAACGGGGCCUCGAGCCAACAGAAGCCACUUACACUGCCCUCUUCAAUGCUUGUGCAGAGUCACCAUGGAAACAGCCAGCGUUGGAGCAGGCUCUGAAACUGGAGCAAGAGCUGCGCAGGAAGAACAUUCUGCUCAACGCUAUUUCCCAUCGUGCUUUGCUGAAGACAAUGGCUCUCACUGCUGACCUCCAAAGCAGUUUACGUGUCUUCCGGGAUAUGCUGGAGAGUGGUCAUCCCAUUACACAAGAAACGUUUCAUUGCUUGCUGAUGAGCUGUGUAAAAGACAAGACUGCUGGAUUCAGACUCGCACUGCAGGUUUGGCACCAGAUGUUAAAGUUGGGUAUAAAGCCGGAUACUCACAACUACAACAUUUUACUGCGUGCCACGCGGGACUGUGGAAUUGGAGAUAUUGCCCUGGCCUCCAAGUUACUUUUAAAGAAACAAAAUCACUCCCCUCUCACUCUCGGGGUAGGGAAGAGGGACCGCAAAGCCAAAAUCAAAGAGAGCUCUCGGCCCAGACCUCUGGACAUUGAUGCUUUUGAAAGUCAGUUGUUUGUGGAUACACGCUCACAGCAGACAUACACAAAGAGCAUAGAGUCGACUGAAGAAUGCAGAACAGGAAAGAUGGACUUGCACACACAAGAAGCCCAAAGAGAACACAUAACAAGGACUACAGACAGUCAGGGUGCACUUCAGGUUUACGAUAGCUAUAUUAUGUCCAUCUGCUCACCUGGCUCGUCAGCUUUCUCUCCACCAAACCUCCUGGAUCCAGCCACAGUGCGCUCUGACGACGUUUCCCUGGGAACUGUGAGCUCUGCGUCUGACAGGCUGGCACUGAUUGGCAGCAUGGAGGGUUUCCUUGGCAAGAUGGCUGAGCAGGGUCUGCAACCAACCCUGAAGACUCUUACUCUGCUGGCUGACGUUGUGGAGCCAGGCGACCAGGCAGUCCAGGCUCUCCUCUCAGUGGCCAAUGAAAACAAGAUCAAACUCGACGUCCCCUUCUUCAACUCACUAAUCAGAAGGGCAGCUAAUACUGGCGACCUCAAGGGGGCAAAGGCCAUACUGGAGAUGAUGUCCAAUAGGAGGCUAUUUCCAGACGUGCAGUCUUUCUGUAACGUGGCUUUGGCUUGCAACACAAAACAUGAGGGACUACAGUUGCUCUCUGACAUGGAGUCUUGUCGUAUUGCACCCAAUGCACACGUUUACAGUGCACUUAUCAGACAAGCAACCAGACGUCUAGACUACGUCUACCUCAAGGAGAUUCUGGCAUCCAUGCAAGAGAAGCAGGUUGCCCCGAAUGAGGUCAUUCUUAGACAGCUUGAGUUUGCUGCUCAAUAUCCUCCAAACUAUGACAAGUAUAAAUCAAAGAAUACUUACUUGGAGAAGAUUGAUGGUUUCCGUGGAUACUACCAGGUGUGGCUACAGAUAAUGCCUGGGCAGGAGACUCCUCACCCUUGGGCGAAGUUUCAGGCACAGAAAACUGCAACAGAAGAAGACACUGAAAAAUAAAUGCCCAUGAUGAAAGUAUUGGUCGCACUUAGCCUCAGUUACUUAUGAAAAUCUAAAUAAUAGACCCCUAUCGUGUGAUUGUAAAUAAUGUAAAUAUUUAAUAUUUGUGGCAAAGCUAAUAAAAUUCUUUAA